AUGGUGGCGGUCAUGGAUGGCGACGAGUUCAUCGGGCCCUUCAACAUCGGCAACCCUGGGGAGUUUACGAUGCUGGAGCUUGCAAACGUGGUCAAGGAGGUGGUCAACCCCGAGGCGGAGAUCGUGUUCCGCCCGAACACCGCGGACGACCCCUCCCGCCGCAAGCCCGACAUCACCAGGAUGCAGGAGACGUUUGGCUGGGAGCCCAAGGUGACGCUCAGGGACGGCCUGGGCCGCAUGGUGUCGGACUUCAAGGGGCGCCUGCACGUAAACUCGUGA